UCUUGGCUUGAAGAUGAUUUGUUCGGUGAAACAGUCUUUAAGCCCAGUUCAUGGCGCCGAGGUUUUUCUCAGCAAAAAACGUAUCUUCCCCUCGAACAGAUCCUCCCUCCUGCCGCCUCUGCGAACCCAGAAGUCGUCAUGCGCCUUCGUCUCGCUCUCUAGACCCCUUCACAUAGCGUCGGUCGAGUCCUUCGGAUCGCCGCCGAGGAAGCAAGAGAAGGACUUGAUAAAAUGCGAGGCCUACGAGGCAGACCAGUCGAAGCCGAUCGACGCAGGGGCGGCCCCGUCGGAGGUCGCGAAGAGGGUCAAGAUCGGGGUUUACUUCGCGACUUGGUGGGCUUUGAAUGUGGUUUUCAAUAUCUACAACAAGAAGGUGUUGAAUGCUUACCCCUACCCUUGGUUGACCUCCACGCUCUCGCUUGCAUGUGGGUCUCUCAUGAUGUUGGUCUCUUGGGCCACGAGGAUCGCCGAGACCCCGAAGACUGAUUUCGAGUUCUGGAAGACUUUGUUUCCUGUUGCUCUGGCACAUACAAUUGGGCAUGUUGCAGCAACUGUGAGCAUGUCGAAGGUUGCAGUGUCGUUCACCCACAUCAUCAAGAGUGGCGAGCCUGCAUUUAGUGUGUUGGUCUCAAGGUUCCUCUUGGGCGAAACAUUUCCGGUGUCUGUUUAUUUGUCCCUCCUGCCGAUUAUUGGUGGUUGCGCCCUUGCUGCCGUGACUGAGCUCAACUUUAACAUGAUUGGUUUCAUGGGGGCUAUGAUAUCAAAUUUAGCAUUUGUCUUCCGAAACAUAUUUUCGAAGAAAGGCAUGAAGGGCAAGUCUGUUAGUGGAAUGAAUUACUAUGCGUGCCUGUCGAUCCUGUCUCUUGUAAUUCUCACUCCAUUUGCCAUUGCUGUGGAGGGACCACAGAUGUGGGCAGCAGGUUGGCAAAAGGCCGUAUCAGACAUUGGACCCCAUUUUGUCUGGUGGGUGGUGGCACAAAGUGUGUUCUACCAUCUCUACAACCAGGUGUCAUACAUGUCCUUGGACGAGAUAUCGCCCUUGACGUUUAGCAUCGGUAACACCAUGAAACGUAUAUCUGUGAUCGUCUCCUCCAUCAUCAUUUUCCACACCCCCGUUCAGCCCGUCAAUGCUCUUGGUGCUGCCAUCGCCAUCCUUGGAACCUUCCUGUAUUCCCAGGCGAAGCAGUAAAAGCUGGCAUCGAGCACUGGCUCGGGUUCGACGAGAUCGAUGAUGGGUCGGGAGCCACUGGAUUGGGGGGGAUCAAGCUGGACCGGGCAGUGGUGUUCUGUAUAUUACAAUAAGAAGAACCAAAUACAUAAACAGCUGUGAGAGUUUUAAUGUUAUACGAGAGGGUUCAUUAGGGACUUUGUUUUUGUUUUUGUUUUUUGUUUUUUUUGUUUUUUGUCUUUUAUAUUUAAUCUUUUUUUGUUUAUUAAGAUGCUUUGUGGGAGAGAUUUCCAAGAAUAACGGGCAACUUUAUCAGGGGUGGGGAAGAACAAGACCCUUCUUUGGACAAUGGACAUUGCGUUUGCUUUGC